AUCAGGUCAAAUCUGGGAAGUGGAGAGUGAGACGGUCAAUCCUAAAUAUGUCCUCACAAUUAUUAACUGUUUUUGUAUAAUUCGUUGAUGUUUUCAACAGUUUGGAAAACGUUAAUGGAUGAAUAUACAUGAGGUAUUUUUUAGUGUAUAUUUAAGAAAAAUAUCUGUAAUGAUAUCUGCGAAAUUAGACAGAAUAUUUGCGUAGGCCUAGGCUUAGGGCCUAGCCUAGCUAGCUGGACAGGAGGAGACGGGCACCAAUAGGCAGGCAGAGUAAAAUCAGGAAACCCACCCACUCCGUGCCUGUGGCAUUUAAUGUACGAAUCUGUGGAUGUGAAGUACUGUAUCAGUUAUGAGGAUGACUGGGAUCCUGCAUUAACUUGUGAAUCUUCAGUACUUACAGAAACUUUCGGAAAAUCAUCAUCAGAAGGAAUGUCUAUGUCUAGCUGUGAUACGUGUAGCACAACCAGCUCAUCUGCUGACGAUUCUUUCAACCUUACUAGAGGCGAUCUAGGCCUAGGCUAUGGUUUAAAACCGGGAAGUCUAAUACGCAUCACGCAGAACAACAUAAACUCGCCAUGCUGGAAGUGUCGUUCAGCACCCAGACUUAAGGUCAAUAUUAGCGGCGGAAAUGGGAUAAACCACGUUUGGACACAGGCGUUAAGUAAGACGCAGAAGGAGGACAUAUUUCCUAUGAUGGACGGUGUACAGAUAGGAACGUCCAUUAGGCAACAGAAAAAAUUGUAUGAACAUAAUAUGAGAGAAGUAAACUUUAAAAGGGAACAGGAGAAGAUUAAUCAGUUAGCAUCUGGAGAAGAUAGUGGAGGAAUGACGAGCCAAGAAUUAACCAAUGCCAGUAGGAAGUUUAUUCAGCAAAAACUGUCAUUAGCUGCUCAGGAAGUUGAGGUGCUUCAGAAUGAGUUAGAUGCCUGUAAAAGUCAACUGGACAGUAAAUACAAAGCUAUCAGAAUUCUACAGAGUCAGUAUGCUCAUGCUAUGCUAGCUGCCUCUCAACACAAGCGAACAGCACAAUCAAGUAUAGACCACAAGAAAGACUUGGUGAAGGAGGUCAAUGCACUUCAGUUUGAACUUGACAUCAAAGCAGAUGCACAGUUACGAUGCGAACACAACUGGGCAGAGAGGUUUGACAGAAUGUGUUUAGAGAAUGCAGCCUUGAUGGCAACUCUAGAGGCCCGAUCUGAUGAAUUGAGACGCAUACAAGCAGAGAAUAUUGGGCUUUGUAGGGAGAAAGAAGAACUGUUAUCUGUAAUGGAUGUUAAAGAUAAAUUGGUUUAUGAGAAGCACAAAGCAAUAAAUGAUGAAGCUAUGGAAGGAUUCGCUCCGUCUCUUGUUGAUCAAGUUGCUGUGUUGGGCUUGUGCAAAUGUUCCUGUAGCGCCCCAGAUCCUUGUAAAUGUGCCAAGAUGGCCGCCCACUUCAAGAAAGAAAAUGCUUUCCUUAAAGAACAGACUGAUGUCUUAAAAGUGAACUGUUCCGAGAGCUAUUCGGUGGCUGAUGCUUAUCGUAUCGCAUUUGAAGAGCAGUUAAACAGAAAUACAGUUUUGAGUAAAGAAAUAGCAGAAUUCCAUAAAGAUAGAGAAACAAACAGGUUAAAGUUAUGGAAAAAUAAAAAUACACACACGAAUGUGUUUGUUAGUAAUUGUUUUUCAGGUCCUGAUGAAGAGGAAGAAUCUCAAGAAGUCAGUCAGUUGGGUUUUGGUGAAGAGUACCAUAGUGAUAGAAAGGCAAGGAGUCUAGGUGUACAAGCUACAGAACCAAACACAUCUGAAUUCAUUAAUCUUCUCUCAGAUCUGUUGAAUGAUAGAAGUGAGGCUCUGGCACAUCAGAGGCUAGCAGCUCGACUUCUGGCCAAUCGGAUGCGAGACCUUGAAGAAAUUCUAGAAAGGCUGACAAUAAAUAAAACUCCUAAUCUAUCCGAGAUGCAGGUUCCCGUGGGUGUGGGCCAUAUUUAACGUAAGAGCUGAUUGAAUUUUGUGGACAUUCUUCAUUCAGCACACAGGCCAGCAAGGAUUGGGGUGAUGCUGGAAAGUGGCUUCAAAAUACCUUAUAAAAGUUAAAGGUUGCUAGCCUAUGGUCCAGUUAAUAGCUGUUCGAUAAGGCCCACUCCUUCGUUGCUAAGGUCCCACAAAACAACAACAAACAGCUACAUAAAGGCGAACAUUUGUGAGACAACUUGUGUGUUUGUGGGCCAAGCGCAUAUUUCUGGCCCCGUUGAUCAGUUGUUAAGGUAGAUUGACUCUCCAGAAAGGACUAACAACAAUAUAACAUUCAUCCCUUUAAGGCUGUUUUCCGAGCGUUGGUUCAUGCGCAUUCACAUUUCUGAGUUUUUUGCUUCAGCGGAAAAAUCAAUAGUUCGAACUGUUUCUACUUUUUGCGAAGUGAAAAAAUGCGCAACCAAUCAGAGCUCAGGAAGCGAACCAAAGCUUUUGAUUCACAUGAAUAAAUUUGUAGUGGAAAACAGGUUUUAUGUAGUGACGUAGCCUGUGAGAUUGCUUGUCCAAUAUAUUAUGAAAAAACAAAUUCACUCAGAGGUACUAUUUUUGGAAAUCAUUAUCAAAAAAGUUUUAUAUUUUAAAAUAUAAAAAUUAUGAAUAUUUAACAUUUCAGAACUAUGUUUAUUUAUGUACAAUAUGUUACAUAUACAUAGCAGAAAAAAAGAGUAUUAUUAUCUCUACUGUAUUUGUUUGUAUUUCUGUACUGUAAUGAGAGGUACAAAUUGCAUUUUAUGAAAAUAGCAAUUCUAUUGUCACAAUGAAAUUUUUACUUAAUUUGAUGAAAUUUUAAACCAUUGCCUUAAUCUAUCUUUAGGAAUGUUAAAACAGUAUAAAUUAUAUUUUAUUUUAUUUCAAAUCAUCAUCCACAGCAAAAAGUCAAUUACAGGAUGUCUUAUAGUAAUACAUCAUAUAAAGACAUUAAAAAUAUAUUAACAAUAAUAGUAAAAACAACAACAAUAAUAUUAACAACAAUAUAAGUAAUAAUUAUCAAUCCUUGUGUCAUCAUUUUACAUAUUUUUUCUAUCCUUGAGCAAAAAUUGUUUUUAUUGUGCCUGUGGUUUGACGUUUUGGUGGUACAUGUGCAAAAAGCACAAACCUGUUUACUACGACAGUGAGAAAUAUUUUGUUGACGAGCC